AUGAUGGCGCUGCUUUUGGACCGACGAGGAGACGAGGUCCCCGUCACAGAAGAAGUGUCCAGGGGAAUAUAUGUCAGAGAUUAUCAGCCUGCCCAGCUACCCGCGUCACAGAUCAAUCAGGUUCUUUACUCUUUUGCCAACCUUAAAGCCGAUGGAACUGUCUACGCAUCUGAUACGUACGCUGAUAUCGAGAAGCAUUACGAUGACGACUCCUGGAAUGAUGUCGGCAUCAAUGCGUACGGUUGUGUUAAGCAACUUUUCAAGCUGAAACAGGGCAACCGACACCUGAAGGUGCUCCUCAGUAUCGGUGGCUGGACCUACUCCGAUAAUUUUGCAGCGGCUGUUAGCACUGAAGCUAGCCGUUCUACAUUCGCUAGGACCGCCGUUGCUCUUCUUCAGGACUGGGGGUUUGAUGGAUUAGAUGUCGACUGGGAGUACCCUAGCGACGAAACACAGGCUAACAACAUGGUUGCGCUAUUUGAGACUAUCCGUAACGAACUAGAUUCAUACUCGACCCAGUUCGCUAACGGUUAUCAUUUCUUGCUGACGGCUGCUCUACCUGCUGGUCCCACAAAUUAUCAAAAGCUCAAGCUCGACCGGAUGGCAGGUCUCCUCGAUGACUUCAAUUUGAUGGCUUACGAUUACGUUGGCUCAUGGGACCUUACGUCAGGCCACCAAGCCAACCUCCAUGCCAGCAAAAGCAACCCCGCUGCCACCAAGUUCUCAACAGAUGCUGCUGUGGCUGCUUACAUUGCCGGCGGCGUGCCCGCAGAAAAUAUUAUUCUUGGCAUGCCCCUAUACGGCCGCUCAUUCGAAUCUACCGACGGCUUAGGUGAGCCUUAUACAGCUGUUGGGCAAGGGUCUUGGGAGGCCGGGGUUUGGGACUACAAGAUUCUGCCUCGAUCUGGCACCGAGAUUUAUGACUCGGAAUCUGGCGCUUCGUAUUCAUUCGAUGUCUUGACAAAGGAGCUCAUCUCGUACGACAAUGUCGAUAUGGUUGGAAGGAAGGUCUCGUACCUACAGAGCGAAGGCAUGGGCGGUACGAUGUUUUGGGAGGCGUCUGGCGACCGAGUAGACAACGGCAGUUUGGUUGCUGCCUCAUUUAAUGCGCAAGGUGGCGGCGACUUGCUAGAUGUGACUCCGAACUGUCUAUCGUAUCCUAAUUCACAGUACGAUAACAUCAGAGAUGGCUUGGUAUGA